UCGUAUUUCUUCUUCUCAGGUAAGAAAAAGUACCAUGAGAUGGCAGCAAGAAAUGGAAUUGAAUCUUCAACCUGGAGACCAAGGUCUAAAUUAACAUCAGAACUCCAGCUUCAUCUAUGUGGAUCACUCUUCACAGUAGACAGGGAACUUCUGGCAAAGAAAUCAUCCAAGAUAGCGAAGCUAAUGCAGAGAAACCCUAAUGGAGACCUCUCGAAUCUCCUCCGCGACAUUCCGGCCGAUCAAGAAUCGAUGGAAAUUGUCGGAAGAUUCUGCCACGGCUUCGGUAUAAAUCUCACAACCGAAAACAUAGUGCGUGUCUCUUGCGUAGCUAAAUACCUAGGAAUGACGGACAAUCACUGCCCCGAGAACCUACUCACCAAAGCCCUCGAUUUCUUCGAGCGCCAUGUCAUUCCUAGUUGGAACAAUUCCGUAAGAGCCCUCAAGACCGCGGAGAAUAUGCUCGAUCACGCAUCGGAGCUCGGCCUUAUUGACUACUGCGCUCAAUCCAUUAUAUCGAAGGCUAUGGAAGAUCCCCGUUUGCUUGGAGAAUCAAUCGGGAGUGUUCCGAUCUCCGACGAAGAAGAAGAAGAAGAUUCCAACGAAUAUAAACCGAACGCUAGAAGGAAGCUAUUCGAUAUAGAAUGGAAAUCCGAAGAUUUGAGUUCGCUAGGGUUAAGAUUAUACGCGCCUAUAAUCAAUGCAAUGAUCCAGCAAAAAAUCCCGCAAGAAAACGUAGCGGCAAACAUAUGUCAAUACGCGAAAACAUGGCUGUUUUCCGACGAGGAAAAAAUAGAUGAGAAUUCGCAGAGGGAGAUUCUAGAAGCAUUAGUGCAGCUUCUGCCUCAAGAAAGAGAUAUUGUCACGUGCACAUUUCUCUUCCACAUGCUCCGUUUCGCCAAAUUUCUCGAUGCCAGCUCGGACUGCAUGAACGGGAUCGAGCAAAGAAUCGGGAAGCAACUAGACCAAGCCUCGGUCAAAGACAUGCUAAUACCUUCACAAGGGUACGCGAAAGACGAGCAGUAUGACACGGAGUGCAUCCGUAGAAUCUUGAAAAACUUCUAUAUGCACUACACGGGGCCGGACCCUACCGGGCUAGGGUUAGUGGCGGAGCUCAUAGACGAGUUCUUGAUCGAAAUAUCGGCGGACAUUGAUUUGAAGAUGCCCACUUUCGUUGCGUUUGCCGACAUGUCGGUGGCGGCGUCGGACGGGUUGAGUCACCGGACCUCGGACGCAAUAUACCGGGCGGUGGAUAUAUAUCUGGACAAGCACAGGCAUUUGACGGAGUCGGAGAAGGAGGAGAUAUGUAAGGUUCUGAAUUGUAAUAGGUUGUCCGGUGAGGCGUGCGAGCACGCGGCGCAGAACGGGAGGCUGCCGGUUAGGUUUGUGGUGCAGGCGUUGUUUGUGGCGCAGUUGAAGCUGAGGGAGGCGUUUGUUCCGAGAAUAGCGGCGGCGGGGGGUGGUGGUGGUGGUAGUGAGAAUAGUGAUGGGAGGAGGAGGGUUGUGGAAAGGGAGGAGGAAGAAGGGGAGAGGAUGGAGAUAGAGAGGAUGGGGAGUAAGGUGAAGGAGUUAGAGAGAGAGUGUGAUGUGAUGAGGAGAGAGAUAGAGAGAAGUGGUGGUGGUAUUGGAUUUAGUAAUAAUAAUGUGGUGAAGAAAAACAAGAAGAGUGGGAAAAUGAGUAUGUGGAAGGAGAUGAAGAGGAAAUUAGGGUGUGGAAUCAGUAGUGUUGAUGAUGAUUACCAUUGUCUUGUUAAGAAGAAGAAGAAGGUCCACCCCAGAUGAUUUUUAUAUAUAUAUAUGUGUGUG